AUGGAAAAUCUUGAGAGUCAAGGCGACUAUUACAAAACUCAAGGUUUGUACGAAAAAGCCAUUGAAAAAUACAAAGAAGCGCUUUCCUUUCAAAGGUCAAUGAACGUUUAUAUGAACUUGGCAUCCUGCUAUGAAAAAACGGACCAAUUGGAAAACGCUGAAGUUUGCCUAACAGAAUUAUUAAAAUCCUUAACGAUUUCCAGCAUUAAAUCAGAAGAUGAUUUCUAUGAGAUACUGUUCCGGAGAGGAAAUCUUUAUAAAAAACAGAUGAAACUUAAUGAAGCUAUUGAAGACUUCAGAACUGUCUACUCAAAAAGUUCGAAUCGAACUGUCGUGGAUAAUGCAAAAAUACACUUAGAUAAAGCUUUAGCGAAGAGGGAAGAAGUCAGAGAAAAUUUAAAUAAAAUCAAUGAAAGAGAACAUUUUGUGAGCCUUUUCAGGGAGCAUAUGGCGGUCUAUCCAGGGGCUGAAUGGCACGUUGUAAGCAAUCUUUGGUUUCAAAAAUGGCAGAAAUUUGUUGGGCUGACUUCAAGAGAAGGAUAUGAAGAUUUGCCUUUUAGCUUUGAUAUAGAAUUUGAAGAAGCCACCAAUCCUGGCCCUAUAAAUAAUAGUGAUAUCAUAGAUGAAGAGCACACAAAUGUUUUAUUAGAAGACCGAAUUAGGCCAUCCUACCAAAUUUGUAUAAAAAACGGCCUGAGUGAAAAUAUAAAUUAUGUAUUAUUACCACAAAGUGCUUUUCGAAUUUUACAUGAAAAGUAUGGAUGCUCAAAAGAUAUUAAAAGGCAUGCAAUAGAAGUUAACGAUUCUAUAUACCAAGUUGAGGUUUAUUUGAAAACAAUUAAAAUAGGCUGCCCAAUGCAAGGAUCUUUAGAGGUUGAGCUGAUUAAUAUGAGCAGGAAAGACACAAUCGGAGAUCUAAAAAAUAAAUUUACUAUAGCUAAAGAUAUUAUGUCUCAAGUGAGGAUAUGAAAAGUGAGUUUAACCAUUAUUUCGCUUGAAAGACUACAAUCAAUUAUCAAUUCGAACGGAAGAGAAUCAAAAGUGUAUAUAGAGGGUGGGUCGCAGCUAAAAGAAAAUCUACUAAUUGACGAUGCAGAAAUUGGAGAAGAAGACUUAUUUUCAUUUAUAGUUAAUUCAGAUAAUAAUAAAUUUAAAGUCUUAGUACUUAUAUUUAUUGUAGAAAAGUAUAAUUUUAAUAGAGCCAACUAGAAAUGGACUGUUUUAUUUUUAUGACGAUCGAACGAUUGCACAGGACCGCUGUGCUUUUUGCCAAAAAAACAUUGAAACUAUUAUAAAAUGCAAGACAUGUAGAAAAGUCAAGUAUUGCAGUGAGCUAUGCAGGAAAAAGCACUUAAAAGAGCACAAGUCAAAAUGCAAAAGAUCGUCAUCAGGUCUUUUUGCUUGCUUUUGUCGUCCUUCAAACCACCAAGAUGACAGCGAUGAAGAUACAGUUAUAGUGAUAAACAGAAAACCAAUUGAUAAGCCUAAAAUGCGCUCUGUUGGGCUUCAAAACCUUGGAAAUACCUGCUUUAUGAACUCAUCAUUACAAUGCUUAUUCCACACUGAAGAGUUAACAACAUUUUUCCUAUCCAACUCUUACUUAAAAGACAUCAAUAAAGUUAAUCCUCUAGGCACAAAAGGCAAGCUAGCAACAGCAUAUGCUGAACUUUUAGAAAAUUUAUGAAACGCUGCAUCAUCUUCUUAUGCGCCUUGGAAGUUCAAGAAAACUUUAUCUCAAUUUGCUCCUCAGUUUCUAGGCUACCAGCAGCAUGAUGCUCAUGAAUUGCUUUGCUAUAUCCUCGAUGGGCUUCACGAAGAUUUAAAUAAGGUCAAGAAAAAACCAUACUUUGAAGAUAUUGAUGUAAAAAAUAAAACACAUAAAGAUAUUGCAAAAGAAAGCUGAAAUCGGCACAUAGCGAGAAACCAAAGCAUUAUUGUUGAUUUUAUGCAUGGACAAUAUAAGUCGACUCUGUAUUGUCCACAGUGUAAAAACUAUUCUUACACGUUUGAUCCUUUCAGCUCUUUAUCUUUGCCAAUCCCAAUCCCAGUGAAUAAAAAGUAUAGACUGUAUUUUAUAUAUGGAUAAUUAAAAUAUGGCGUCAUCGUCUGGGUAUGGCCUCUCGGCCAUACAUACUCGACUUAUAUUUUAAUUAUAUCCGGCAAGGUUUUGCCAUUCCGGAAAUGGGUACAAUGCCACGGUAAGCAAUUCUGCAGAGCAGAGCCUGGCCCAUGCUCAACGACCAGAAUGGAUUUUCUCCUCGAGAGGAAAAGGUGUCCAAGUUUGGAAAGGGUAAGCCCAGUAAAGUCUACAGGCAAUGCCUAGACCAAUCGGGCAACUACCUAGCGUGAAACUGGGCGUUACGUCCCAGGACUUGGAAUUUCCCUUUUUGCCGUAAGGUAACCAGAAAUUCCAUCUUUUGGAAUUUCGGAAAGCCAACUCUCGUCCACUCAAGCAGCAGCCGCAGAAAUCCAUAGCCCGCCCACUCAAGACUUAAGCCGCAGCACGCUGUGGGAAGGAGUAGACGUAUUUCCUUUUGGCAAACCUUAAUGGUUUGCUAGGAAUGCGUCGCAAAGCAGGUGAACCUCAAGAUACCGAGGUCCUUGGUGACUGCGUUAACAAUAUGGCAGACGCCUAUUAAUGUAUAAGUAAGUAAGUAAGUAUUUUAUAUAUGCUGGAAACCAAGUGCCUUCAAGUUUGACUUUUGACUAUAGCAGCUCUCAUUCCAUAUCAUAUUUACGUCAAAAAGUGAGCGAGGCUGUUAAAAUUAAUCCGAAUUCUUUUAUUUUUAUUUCUAUUGUAAAUGAUGUCAUCAGAGAUUUCCCAGCAGAUGAAGAAAAAAUUGAUAGUCUGAAAAAUAUUACUUUAUUUGCUUAUGAAGUUGAGACUGGGGAUGAUCGGGAUCUGUUUGAAGUGCAAGUUUCGCAAGAAAAAACAAGAGAUAACCGAAUGAAAAAUAAUCUUAUCGCCUUCCCAAGGGUUAUUUCUUUAUAUAAGGAUUCUAAUUUCAAACAAAUCCACUAUGAAAUUUUCAGAAAAAUGAAGCAAUAUAUGGAUAAAUAUAAAAAUAGGCAAGGGAAUAAUAUCAAGCAGCUAUAUGAAGACCAUCUAAAUAAUCCUACAUAUAACAUUUAUCUGCGUGCAACUAAGACAAGCAGCUGCCCAUUAUGUAGGGGCCAAAACUGUACAGGCUGUCAAAUUCCUUACUCAGACGAACCAUUUUCAGAAUAUUUUAAAAAAAAGCCUUCAAUCGAGCUACGCUUUAAGCAUAAUUUUGUAGAGCUUGGGGUUAAUCAGCAAGAUAUGAAUAAGUGCACAGAGCUGCCUGUGGCAAAUGGAGAAAAUAAACAACAAAACCGAGGGAUUAAUCUUCAUGAAUGCUUCCAAGCUUUCAGUAUCCCAGAAGAGCUAGAAAAGGAAAACGCAUGGUAUUGUCCAUCAUGCAAAGCCCAUGUGCUCGCGAGGAAACAAAUGGAAAUAUACAAAGCGCCGUCUAUACUGAUAAUUCAUCUAAAACGAUUUAGAACUCACGGAUAUUAUAGAGAAAAAAUUGCAGCUCCAAUAGUAUUCCCGAUUAAUGAGCUUGAUAUAAGUCAAUAUGUAAUUGGAGAUGAAAAGCCACCUUUAUAUGAUUUAUAUGCGGUUUCAAAUCAUUUUGGAGGGCUUGGAGGAGGACAUUAUACAGCGACCUGUUAUAGUAAACCUCAGGAAAAGUGGCUGGAAUUUAAUGACUCUUUGGUUUCUGGGCCAGCUGAUAUAUCAGGAGUUUCAUCUUAUAUUUUGUUUUAUAAAGCUAGAAAUAACGAGUAA